AAGAAGUGAGAUAAAACGUAAUUAUUUUUCUUUGCAGUGAAAGAAAUUUAACUUUUUAAUCGAUUAUUUUCAUAGUUCUGAAUUCUGAAUAUCUUUUUGUAAUAUUGCAAGCACGAACUAUACGUACUUAUACGUAUACACAUAUACAUAUAUACAUAGUACCGGGUACUCAUUUUGGCGGUUCACUAGUUGCACGCGGCACACGGAAAGUGGUAAAGAGAGAGUAGGUGGUUGUAUUAAUACGAACUUCAAAGGUGGCGGGCGAGGUGUAUAGUGAAGUGAAAAACGUGAAAUGGAAUUGCACACGCCGAAGCGUGAAACGCGUCCCUUAGAAGCAUUGCCGUGUAGCCCUCCGAUGUGCGAUAGUAUGCUUUAUCCGUGGAAUUGGAGUGAAGAGGCGAGAAAUGUAAAUCUUAGUCCGGGUAGCUCAUGCUCUUCACCAGAAUAUAGAGAAAAUAGCGUGGUAGCCACGCGAUCCGGGCCUCGAUCGCGUUCUGGAGGUUCAGAAAGUCAUCGCCGUGGUCGACCGAGAGCUGAUGCUCUUUCGAAUCUUAUGAUGCAAGGAAGUACUUCACCAAGUAGUAUAAAAUGUACUUAUUGUAACCGUGUAUUUCCACGAGAAAAAAGUCUUCAAGCACAUUUGCGUACCCAUACAGGGGAACGGCCAUAUCCAUGUGAUUAUCCUGGAUGUACAAAAGCUUUUACACAAUCAGGACAAUUAAAAACCCACCAGCGAUUACAUACUGGAGAAAAACCAUUUUUAUGUACAGAACCUGGCUGUGAAAUGCGAUUUACACAUGCUAAUAGACAUUGUCCAGAUCAUCCAUAUGCUACUCUUACACGAUCUGAUGAUUUUGUGUUAAAACCAGUAUCAGAAAAUACUGAGUUACCUCAUGAUGUUACCAGAUGGCUAGAACGUUACAAAAUGUCCAGAGAAAGGGAAGAUAGAACACCUACAGGAAAGAAUGAACGUAAAAAAAAAACAUGGAAGAGUAGUUCAGAAAAUCACAAAAGAGUUAAAUCUAGAAAAGGUUUGAUGAUGGAUGCAACAGGGGAACAAGAGAAUUUAGAUUGUAAGCAGUCUAAUCAAAGAUUGUAUUGUGGAGAAAGUCAGGAUAGUCAAGAAGAAAGUCAAGAUGAAGAUCCAACAGUAUUACAAACAUCUGAAGAUGAAGAAAUAGGAACAAAAUUAGCAAUUACUCCUUUAAGAAGACCAUUAGAUAGACUUCAGCCAAAGAAAAGGUGGUUACGUGAAGCUUGUUUAGAACAACAAUUAGCAAAACCUUUAAAUUGGGACACUAAAUCUAUUAAUGUACCUUCAACUAUUUCAUUUAAAAUUAAUGAUAAUCAAAUGCAUUGGAGUUCACCUGUUAAUAAUUCAUCUACUUUGUUAGAUAAUUCAUGUUUAAAUGCAUGUAAAGAAAUUGAACUUACAAAAUCAGAUGUAGAUGCCUCUUAUGCAUCUGCCCAAAUAUGGGAUACAACUGUAGAAAAUGAAUCUCUAGAACCACCAGUAAAAGAAGAACAAAAAUAUGUAUUUCAAACAUCAAAUAUAUUGCCUCAAAGUAAUUGGAAUUCUUCACAUCAUGUGAAUAAUUUUUCAGAUGAUAUAAAUCAAAUAAAAACUAAUAUUAAUCAUUCUACUUGUAAACUUGAGUCUUCUGAAAGUUCAAAUAAUAUAUAUUGGAAUAAUAAUUUAACAAAUGAAAUAUCUAAAUCUCCACUGAAUCAAUCCAAUAUAACAAUUCAAGAUUUUGGUCAAAAAAAUAUUUCCAAACAAAAUACAUUUAUAAAUUCUCAUAUUAGCGAAAAUGUAACAAGACCGACUGUUUUGAUGUUAGCUGGAAGUUUUAAUAAUAACAACAACAACAACAACAACAAUAACAAUAAUAAUAAAGAUACUAUUUCAAAAUUAUCACCAAUAAAAUCUGAAACAGGAUUAAAAGUAGUUGUUGUUAAGCAGGAGGAUAAUAUUAUCAAGUUACCAAUUCCAGAGGAUAGUCAAAAAUGGUUAGGAGCUUUAGCUUUGAUGGAAUUAGCUAAAAAUCAAGAAGAGACAGGAAGAAAUGUGAAUUUUAAACAGAAUAAAGAUGAAUUCUAUGUUAACUCUGAGCUGAAUUAUACCCAUUUAUAGACUGUGAUUACUGGCUAUUAUAGUUUCGUAUUAUUUUUGUAUGGCAGAAAAGAAUAAAAAUGCAUUUAUUGUCAAUGAAGUUCAUUUUUGAACAUGAUAAUGAAAAAUUCUGCCUUUCUUGUUACAUUAUCAAAUAGCAUUUUUUACAAUUUUCUUUGAUAUUUUUCUAAUUACAUUAUAAUAUUACAGUUUAUUAUGUUGACCAUUUAUUA